UGGUGUGCUGCUUUCCGUUCUUUUCGACGUUUCUGCCGAUUGUGACCGGAGGUGUUUCAAUCGCGUGCUUCUUGAAAAAGUAGCGAAAAUCCCCACAAAACCAGCAAAAUGGUGAAAGUAAAGUGUUCCGAGCUUCGCACGAAGGACAAGAAGGAGCUGACCAAGCAGCUGGAGGACCUGAAGAAGGAGCUGCUGAAUCUGCGCGUGGCUAAGGUCACCGGCGGUGCUCCGUCGAAGCUGUCCAAGAUCCGUGUCGUCCGCAAGGCGAUCGCACGCGUGUACAUUGUGAUGAACACGAAGACGAAGGAGAACCUCCGCAAGCUGUACAAGGGCAAGAAGUACGUGCCGCUGGAUCUGCGCCCGAAGAAGACUCGCGCGAUGCGCAAGGCCCUGUCCUACCGUGACGCCAGGAGACUGACGCUGAAGGAGCAGCGUAAACGCGCGAAGUUCCCCCGCCGCCGAUACGCCGUCAAGGCCUAAAAGGGGAGGGUGUGUGUGUGUGAGGGUGGGCGGUAUCGCCUUCCUCUACUGCUAAGCGAUCCUCUGGUGUACGUGUACGGGACGCCACCGGUUUUUGGUUCCGAGCAGGUUCCCGGAUGUGAAGAUCAUAUGUAACAUCGAGAUCGGUAUAAUACAAAUCAAUGUUUAUUGAACCCUA